CAAAAUUUUCGUUUCGUUAUCCACAUGUUCGGUUUGGGGCGAGUUAUUAAUUCAAAGUGUUGAGUCGCGUGGUGGUGGAUGAGAAUUAGGCUUGUCGAAAUUGGUUUGAAACUUCUGGAAAGAAAAAGUCAAUUUGUGACUCAUUGUGCUGAAAGGAAAACUAGCAGUAAAUCUUUCAAAGGAACGAAAGGGCAACACACUUUUAACGACGGUGCUGAUUAUACUACACUUGAACAGAAGUUAUUAAAAAGUAAUUGAGGUAUCUGAAAUAACGUAUUGAAGAAAUGUCUGUGAUUGGAAUCGAUUUUGGCAAUGAGUCUUGCUAUGUUGCUGCCGCCAAGGCCGGUGGUAUUGAAACCCUUGCUAAUGACUACAGUUUACGUGCAACGCCAACCUUUGUGGCUUUCGAUGGAAAGAAGCGCAUUAUUGGCGUGGCUGCUAAAAAUCAACAAGUCACAAAUAUGAAAAAUACAGUGAGUGGUUUCAAGCGUUUGUUGGGACGGAAAUUCAACGAUCCACACGUUCAACGAGAACUUAACAGCAUUCCAACGAAAGUGGAUCAACGUUCUGAUGGCAGCAUUGGCUACAAAGUUAAUUACUUGGAUCAGGAACAGUACUUUUCCCCCGAACAACUGACAGCAAUGUUAUUCACUAAAUUGAAGGAAACAUCGACAACUGCUCUGCAAGCACAGGUUAAUGACUGUGUAAUCACUUGCCCAGCAUACUUCACUAACUCGGAACGUAAAGCAUUGUUAGACGCUGCUCAAAUUGCAGGUCUAAAUGUUUUGCGCCUUAUGAACGAAACGACAGCAACUGCGCUCUCAUAUGGUUUUUAUAAGCAAGAUUUGCCUGAUGAAAGUAAACCACGCAAUGUUGUAUUCGUCGAUUGUGGCAAUUCUUCACUUCAAGUAAGUGUGUGCGCCUUUACUAAGGGUAAAUUGAAAAUGCUUGCAAGUGCAUGGGAUCAGAUUGGGGGACGCGACUUUGACAAUGUGUUGGCAGAACAUUUUGCCAAAGAGUUUUACGAUCGUUAUAAGCUGAACGCCAAGACAAAUCCUCGUGCUUAUCUACGUUUGCUUACUGAAAUUGAGAAAUUGAAGAAGCAAAUGUCUGCGAACAGUACAAAAUUGCCUAUAAAUAUAGAAUGUUUUAUGGAUGAUGUUGAUGUUUCUUCGUCAAUGCAACGUUCCCAGAUGGAGGAUUUAUGUUCUCAUUUGUUUCAACGAGUAGAGAUGACGUUUAUUAAACUGUUACAAGAUUCCAAGUUGUCGCUGGAUGACAUACACUCAGUUGAAGUUGUCGGUGGUACUACUCGUAUCCCGGCCAUAAAGCAACUUAUUGAACAGGUAUUCGGAAAACCUGCUAGUACCACAUUGAAUCAAGAUGAGUCGGUUUCACGCGGUGCCGCAUUGCAAUGUGCAAUCAUGUCACCAGCAGUUCGAGUCCGCGAAUUUGGUGUAACUGAUAUCCAAAAUUACGCUGUUAAAGUGAGUUGGGAUGGUGAGGGUUCUCAAGCCGGCGGUGAAAUCGAAGUAUUCCCAGCUUUUCAUUCCGCUCCGUUCAGUCGCUUACUAACAUUGAACCGAAAAGAACCCUUCUCAAUGACUGUGCAAUAUGCACAAUCUAUACCCUUCCCAGAUCCAGUUAUAGGAAAAUGGUUUAUUAAAGAUGUUAAACCAAAUGAACGUGGAGAGCAUCAGGAAGUUAAAGUGAAAGUCCGCAUCAAUCACCACGGUCUGGUAUUGAUUUCUAGUGCUUCUCUUGUUGACAAGAAAGAAGAAGAAACUGCCAAUGCUGGAGUUACUGCCGGCGAGCAAAAUUUAGCACCUAGCAGUGAAGAAAAGGGGAAUGCUGGCGAUCAACAACAGCAAACUGGUAACGCUGGUGAACCUAUGGAUGUACAGCAAGAGGCAUGUUAUGAAAAUGAGGAAGAUAAUAAUACAUCAACAGCCUCAUCACCUGGAGGACAAGGGUGGGCUCAGCGGGUCAAAGGCUGGUUUAGUUCGGGUUCUGACAAGAAAAAGAAGAGCACUAAAUUAAUAGAGCUUCCAAUGGAAGUGAAAACUCAUGGUUUCUCAUCACCAGACUUGCAGAACUUGGUACAACAAGAGGCUAAAAUGAUUGCAAAUGACGCCCGGGAGACCCAACGCGUUGAUGCUAGGAAUGCCCUUGAGGAAUAUGUGUACGACAUGCGUAACAAACUUCAGGGUGGUCCACUUGAACGUUAUGUUUUGGAAGCAGACCGUGAAGCCAUUUGCUCUCAACUUAAUGAUCUCGAAAACUGGUUGUAUGAGGAGGGAGAAGAUUGUGAUCGUGAUACGUAUGUUAAUAAAUUGAAAGGACUUCAUACCCAAACAGAUCCUAUCAAAGAACGCGCUAAUGAUUACGAGAAUGCUCCAACCGCAUUUGACGAACUUAACCAUAGCAUCCAAGUAGCGCGCGCUUCUAUAAAUGAGUUCAAAAAGGGCGCUCCUAAAUAUGAUCACCUAACAGAGGCCGAAUUCUUGAACAUCUCUGAGGCAGCUGAUAAAGCGCAGAAGUGGCUAGAUAGUAAUAUGGCAAAAUUUACACAAACGCCACGCAUGCAUGACAGUCCUGUCAAAGUUGCCGAUAUACGCCAUGAAGUACAGACGCUGAAUGCUUGCGUCAAUUCGGUUAUUAAUCGUCCUAAACCAAAACCAGCUGCGAAACCAGCGCCUGCGAAAGAUGCCAAUGCAGCGGGAGCGGGCGAGCAGAAUGGUGAAAAUGCAGAGAAAGAAAACGAUAAAACAGCACAUAAUCCAAUGGAUGAUGCUACCAUGGAUGUGGAAUAAAUAAAACAAGAUUUAGUUGCUUUUGUGGUGGGGGUGUUUAUAGAAUGUAAGUCGUCCUGCCUAUACGUUAGGAAGCCAGAAAAUAUAAAACAAACACGAGCUUUUUUCUGCUUUGAAAUAACAAAAUGCGUAUGAUAUCUGUGGUUAGGCGAGCAUCGAAUUAAAAGUGAAGUGAGAGUGAGAAGAGGGAUAUAUCUUCGUAAUAUUGCAGUUGGGGGCGAUAAUAGGUACCAAUAUUGCCACUGAGAACAGUCAGUAAAUAUUGAGAUAAAAAUAGAAAACAAACGCCGUGUGAAUUCUGUUAUUACUUACAUACAAACUCAAUGAAAAGAAAUUCAAUAUUUGCAAUAAAAAUAAUGAUUUUAAUUUUUACUAAUUUAAUAAAAUAUUGACCAAAUAACAUAUAACCGAAAAUAAAUCAAUUCCUAAAUAUCAGGUGCAAAUCAGAUUACAAACAAUGCUUUGGCUAAAAACCCUUAAUCUUUGAUUCACAAAAAUGCUUUCAACUUAUUAUUUUGUCUAUUGAAAUUGGAGUAAAUAUAUUUUUUCAAAUGAAUAUUGUAUAAGCAAAAUAUGUAAUCACUGAAUCCUCCUAAUAAUGUUUUCUCUUAAAGAAACAAAUUAAAUUACAAACAGCUCGAAUGGGAAAAUUUUAUAUUCGUAGAAAUACCGAGGAUUCAGCGACAGCUAAUAUUGUAUCAACUUUAUGUUGAUGAAUUUCAGAAUUUGUAAAAUUCUUGGCAUUUUUAGAAUGUAAUUUAAAUUUAUCAGACACCAUAUAAUUUUAUUUAUAUUACCACAUGGACCGCCAUUGGAGAUGCAAUGCACCAUACGAUGAUGACAUUUCUGUUGCUUUACUUUUAAGCUUAUGAACAAUUAUGUAGGUAUGAAGAAGUGACAGCUAUAAACUUACAUACAUACGUAUUAUCACAUUGCAAAGCGCAUUCACGUAAUAAUUAAGGUUAUGUAUGUAUGUACAAUGUAAUUGAAUUAAUUGCUGCGGUAUUAAUUUCUAGAAUUUAGCAGAUUUUUCAAAUAAUAAAAUUUACAGUUUGGACUAAAUUGAAUUUAUAAAGGAAUACACCUAAUCUAAUAAACUAAAACGAAAUAAACAACACUCAACAACAA